AUGACGCACCGCGUGAACAGGACUUUUCGCGCUUCGCUUCAGGGUGUCGGUAUGGAGGCCCCCCUGGACCCUCGGGCCCCCUCCUCUGGCCCCUGCUCUCUGCUCCACACGAUGGCUGUGAACCUGAAGGUGAGCCACAGACUGGUGCAGCAGAUCCAGAAGGACCUGGGCCGAUUGGAACUGUCUGCUACAGGGGCCCGGGGUAAGAACACCCCCUCCGUGAACACCCCCCCUGUGAACACAUCAAACACUGUCUGCCCAGACGUGAGCCCCUGGGUGGCCAAGGGCCGGAGGUCUAGCUGCCCUGUUUCUGUGGGGCCCCCUUGUGGUCCCUACAGUCUGCUCAGGAGCCUGCCUGAAGACUGUGAGUGGGCCCAGAAUCUGGAGACACAGCUGAGGACAGGUGUGUUCCAUCUGAUGACUGAGGAGCAGCUGGACCAAGCCCUCUGCUUCCUUUGUGAGGAGCCCAUAGAGGAGACUACAGAGGAGAACUCAGAGGGGCCCACUCUGUACUGCUCUGCUCUGGACCGGAUUGAGGCUCAGCUGUGUGGAGGAGCAGAAGGAGAAGACAGCGGGAGGAGCCCAGAGCACAGUGAUGGAGGAGACAGCAGGAGGAGCCCAGAGCACAGUCAUGGAGGAGACAGGAGGAGGAGUCCAGAGCACAGUGAUGGAGGAAACAGCAGGAGGAGCCCAGAGCACAGUGAUGGAGGAGACAGCAGGAGGAGCCCAGAGCACAGUGAUGGAGGAAACAGCAGGAGUCCAGAGCACAGUGAUGGAGGAGACAGGAGGAGGAGCACAGAGCACAGUGAUGGAGGAGCAGAGGGAGGAGACAACAGUGAGGAGGACCCUACUCCCUCUGUAGACCUGCUGCAGAUGGAGAGGGGUGAGCUGUCGAGCAUCAUGCAAUCUCCUCAUCAUCUUCGUCUUCAUCAUCCUCAUCUCAGACCCCAGGCCCCAUGCUACAGCACCCCACGCAGCACAGGAGAGCCGUCAGUCUUAAGGAGCCCCUUCUCCUCCCAGAGCUUCUUCACUGCUGUGGACAGAUCUGCUGAGCACAGGGACGAGGCACCCACACCCCCCCCUCUCCUGUUUGCCAGCGAAGGAAGAACUGAGACCCAGGAGGAGGCCCAGGAGGAGGCUGAAGAGGAGGCCCAGGAGGAGGCUGAAUUGGAGGACCAGGAGGAGGCUGAAUUGGAGGACCAGGAGGAGGCUGAAGAGGAGGCCCAAGGGGAGGCUGAAGGAGAGAGGGGUACAGAAGAGGAGGCUGAAGGAGAAGAGAGUGAGGGAGAAGAGGUUGAAGGAGGUGCUGAAGCAGAGGACGCAUCAGGAGAAGACUCACCAGCUCCAUGUGAAGAAGACACAGACACCAUAAAGCCAGGACCAGGUGGAGCUGAGACCAGAGGCUUAGGAGACAGCUCCACCUCCUCCCCUUCUCUUGGACACAGAUCACAUGGGAGGUCUCUCUCUCUGCUCCUCUCCGACAGCCACAGAGCUCACUCGACUCUGGACCACAUUCUGCAGGAUCUCCAGGACUGA